GAUGGGUGUAGCGGUGAAUGGAAGGGGAAAACGAAGAAAAACAAAACAAGAAAAAAAAAAGAAAAAGAAAAAGAAAGGUUUUUCCAAGUGUCGUAACGAGAUUAUUCGCGAAUUACAUAUGUUAAAUCUAUGAUCUUAUAUUUAUCGCAAUGAUGUAUCUGGUAAAAUCCCGAUUAUUAAAGCGAUAAACCGAGAAAAAUAUUACGUUACUUUAUAUAUUAUAAUACAUAUAUACUGAUGUUAGUUAGCUUAAAGAUACCGAAGUAAUGUAUACGCGGAAGAUACGUAAUUUCGUUUUAACCGAAAUGACUCGUGCCAAAGAAAACGUCGACGAACGCAUACGAUUCCCUUUCGUCGUCGUCAUCGUCGUCGUCGUCGUCGUCGUCGUCGUUUAUUCAACUACUAGACGGUUUCUAAGUAGAUGUGCUAAGAAGACGAAUUAUGGUGGCAGAAUUUGUCGCCCGUCAGAGUGGAUCGCCCAUAAAUGGUGAGACCGCCUGUCUGAAUAGCAACAUGCCGGCCAGCCACACAAUGGCGCACGCAGGUCACGCUGCCCACGGUGGUCACGAUGCUCACGGACCACUACCGCCACUUACACAUCCGGCUCAUCACGGUGCUCCUAUUCAACAACAACAGCACCCACCGCAACAGCAGCCGCAACAACCACCGCCGCCACCACCUCAGCAGCCUUCGCAUCAUCAUCACCAUCACCAUCAGACGCAACAGCAGCAACAUCAUCAACAGCAGCAGCAGCAGCAACAACAACAGCAACAACAGCAACAGCAGCAGCAGCAGCAGCAGGCCCAACAGCAGCACCAACAACAGCAGCAUCUUCAUCAAGACGCACAACAGGUGACACAUCCCGAAAACUUCCCCCCGAACUUCGACAUCAGAAAAGAGCUCUUUUCCCAGCGCAAACAGCGAGAGUUCAUCCCGGACAACAAGAAGGAUGACAGCUAUUGGGACCGGAGGAGACGCAAUAACGAGGCGGCCAAGCGGUCGCGCGAGAAGAGGCGAUUCAACGAUAUGGUACUCGAGCAGCGUGUCAUGGAGCUGAGCAAGGAGAAUCACAUACUGAAGGCGCAACUCGAGGCAAUACGCGACAAAUUCGGUAUAUGCGGGGAGUCCGUUAUAAGUACGGAACACGUGUUAGCUGCUUUACCCGCGGAACCACCAAUAAGCGUCAAGAGGGCGAAACUACCGGCCUCAGCAGCCCUCCUUUAUGCGAGAACACCAAGUCCCGUUCACACAUCAGUCAUCCAUCAGCCAGUUAGCGGUGCCAGAUCGCCAAGAUCACCAGCACAGCUUUACGUUCCCGAAACAACCGCUUAUCCGGAAACGGAAAGUUUCCAAUAUCCUUAUCCGCAUCCGGCGAUGCAUCUCGAUACGACGAGCGCAUUGAAUUUGUCGCGCGGACGAAGAGCACAAUCGCCCUUCGAGCUGUCCUCCGGUAGCGGCGAUGAGGGUGGACCACAAUUGAUAGUGAAUUCUUCGGCUAAUAACAGUUUACCGCACAAACUCAGGCAUAAAUCGCGUAUAGGUGACAAGGACGCAGCAAGUGCUCUAUUAGCGUUACAAGGAAUAAAACAGGAGCCAGGACCGAGAGCGUCGCCGCCAUGGGACAAUGAGGGUUCCAGCGACGAACGAGAUUCUGGUAUAUCAUUGGGAGCUGAAUGGACUGGACCAAGCGUGGCUACCGUCCCGGAAAGUGAGAGGGAAGUCAAGUCAAGGCUCGAUCGUCUUGCAUCCGAAGUUGCCUCAUUGCAGUCCAUAUUGCGCCUUGGCAAGCCAACCGACAGUCUUAUGACUGGACACCCAUUGCCAACUAACGCAACGACACAUAAUGGGCCAUGAACGAAUGUCAUCAUUUUUGUUCUGUUUUUUUUUUUCUCUUUUUUUUUUCUCUCUCUCUCUUUUCUUUCCUUUUUAUUUUAUAUACGAGCUUGUGCCGACGAAAUUUAUCGUGUUCGAACUAUCGUGUUUUUAUUAUCUAUCUUCGAGAUGCGAAGUCGAAAUCGAUUCGAUCACGAGGUCCGUUUACGUCCCGAAGAACUUUUGUUUUUUUUUUAAAAGGGCGUACUCGUCGAUCGGUUCUCUCGAACGAAAGAACACGAACAGAGGGCGAAAGGGAGGGCGGGAGGAAGAGAGAAGGGUGACCGAUUCCUUCAUCCAAUGUCGAUUAUUCGCAAAGCGAAGAAGCAUCGAUUUUCUCAUAUUGGCGGAAAAAUGAACUCGAUUCCCGGGGCUUCUCUUUCUCAUUCAUUCGCUUUGCAUUCGAUGAUUAUUUGUCGAGAAAGGAAGGAGAAGAAGAAGGGGGGGGAGGAGACCCUUUGCCGGACGGAUAUUCCCUCUCUCUCUCUCUCUCUCUCCGUGUUCUCCCCUCUCUCCACUCCUUUCCUCUUCCCUUCCCUUUCUUUCCCUUCCAUCCCCUUUCCAUAAUUUUCCCCACCAAGUCGCCGUCGUCGUUGUCAACGUCGUCGUCGUCGUUGCCACCGCCGUCGUCGCCACCGCCCCCUCCCCUCUCUCCCCCGACCGACCCACUUCACCCCCCCCCUCCCCGUAAUGCAUCGACGAUGCUGUCGCAAAGUAGUAACUGAUAAAGGAACGAAAUGAUACGAUAUUUAGGUUACUCGUUAUUAUAAUUAUGUUUCUAUGAGAUCUUUAAGCUAUUCGUUAUAAAUAUUUUAUUCAUUAUCGUUAUUAGCGAGUUUGUUAAUUUGGAAGAGUCGUGUAUCGCCAAACACAUAUAUACAUAUAUGUGUAUAUAUAUAUAUAUAUAUAUAUGUAUAAGAUAUGAAAGUACGAGUUCAUUCGAAUCUUAUAGAUCAUUUCUGAAGAUUUAAUGUAAUAUAAGUAAAUGAAUCCUUAAACGAAGACUUUCUCGUUUUGAGAAUAUUCUUAUCGAUUUUUCGGCGAGUAUCGAUGCGAUACGUGCAUCCAUCAUACGUAUGUGAAAAAAAAUAAAAAAAUCUGAAGUGUAAUUCGUGACAUUUUAGAAGGAAGAAUCGCAACGAGAGUCAUUAUUUUUUCUAUGAAUUUCUUUUCUUUUUUCUUUUUCGUUCUUUCUUUCUUUUUUUUUUCCUCUUUUUUUUUCCUUUUCUUUUUCUUUCUGUUUUCUGUCCUUUUUUUUUCUUUCUUUUUUUUUUUUCUUUCUUUCUUUCUUUCUUUUUCUCUUUUCUAUCCUAUUCCUUACGUGCCGUAUUCAUCUAAGAGGAUUUACUUUUAAAUAUAAUAGAGAAGUUUUAAGCCGCUUUCGCAUGAACAUUUUCUAUAUGUAUUACAUAAAUGUACUUCCGUUCUCUCUUCGACUUGUUAAUACGAUAUCUCACAAACGUUAUCAUAUUUUGUGAAUAUAAAUAUGAAAAUUUAAUUUGUAUAGAAUAAUAAACGUAAGAAAAAUUUUAUCCGACAAAAUUAUAAUCCGUUCGAUUUGAAACGUGAAAACGACGAUUGGGAACGUUCGCGCGAAAGCGACUUUAUUCUACGAUUUAAUAUAAUCGUGAUCGCGCAACCGGCUAUCUCACUACCACGAAAAGAUACGUUUGAAAGUUAAAUUUCGUAUCGCGUCGAGAUCGUUAACAGUGAAGCAAUAGAUAAGCUCUCGUUACGAUAUACCAUCCAUGAAAAGAAUACCAUUUUGAUUUUCUUCAUACGUAAAUGCGUUUAUAUAUAUAUAUAUAUAUAUAAACAUGUCGUUUAAACAAGAAUAGAUAUGUAUAUCAUACGAAUACACACUAAGUUGCCUUACUAGCAGUUUAAUAUAUAUAUAUGACACAUGAUAAAAUCAAAAAAAAAAAAGAUAAUUAUCAUUAUCUUGUUUUUCUUUUUUUUUCUUAGAAAAUUCGAGCCUUUUUAUACGUAAAAACGAAUAAAUGCAUUCUAUAUGAAACGAUACGAAAUUGUUACGUUCGCCGAAAAAGGAAGAAUGAAAGAAUGAAAGAAAGAAAGAAAAAGAAAAAGAAAAAAAAAUGAAAUAAAUCGAUCGAUCAAUAAAGUAAAAUAAAACUCUCUGAGCUUUCUUACGAGAAAUCUUCGUGAUCGUGUAUUUAGAAUCGUUUUCAUUAUAAUAUUGUAAUAAUUUUAUCGUAAACGUUUCUUUUUUUUUUUUGUCUUUUCGCCCUUUCGCCCUUCGUCCCUACGCACCUCAUCAUCCAUCCACCUUCUCGUGACUGUUUUUUCUUUUAUUAAUUUUUCUAUCUAUCGAUGAUCGUAAACGAGAUGCGAUCGCGCGCGCAUAUAUCUACGUAUUUAAAAGGAUCGACAAUUAUUAAUCAUGCAGAUUCAGAAAGCAUGUAUACAUAUAUACAUUAUAGAAUUACGCAACUGCAGUUUGUGCUUUGCGCAGCACCGUUUCAAUUUUAUUUAUCAAAAUAUCGGCAAAAAUUUUUUAAAUAUCAUCAUCGGACUUUUGUUAUAAGCCGAAAUUCGUCGUCAAUCUUUAAACCGAUAUUUAGGAUCAAAGUAUUAAGUGAGCCUAUAGUUAUAUAUUAAAAACGUAAAUAAAUAAAUAAAUAAAUAAAUAUAUAUAUAUAUAUACAUAUACAUAUAUAUAUAUAUAUAUAUAUAUAUAUAUAUAUAAAUAUAUACAAAUUAAUGUAUUUUUCGAUGUCGCGAUUAUGGCGAGCGGUUAUUGUUUGCAAAUUGUCGAUUUGCCGUAUGAAUAAACAAAUUUCAUCGAAUCGAAACGAAGAAAUGUGUCGUCGUCCGUUGUACGUCUCAUUUACAAUGCAAUGAAAAAAAAUUUUUUUGUGAAAACAAAAUUGAAUGUUUUCGACCAACGAAUGACUGAUUUUCGAGAGAAAGGCGGACGAAUUUUGCAAAAUGUAAAAAAGUUAUUUGGAAUAUACGUCCUAUUAAAAAAAUUUACAUAUGCCUCUGUGUCUAAUAUAUAACGUAUUGUAUACAUAAUACAUGUACAUAAUAAGUCAUAGUAAUAUUCGAACACUUUAUGAAAUUAAAUGACGCGUAUAUUUUUAUUUUUCUUUUUUUUUUGUUUUUUUUUGUUUUUUUUUUGUUUUUUAGUCUAAUCGCAAGCAAAGUGUUCUAAAAAUUGUUUAGUGUACCUAUAUACAAUAUAAUUUGUGUGGCUACAUAUAGUAUAUGAAAGAAUUGAAGAUAAAAACUAUUUUUACAAAUACAAAAUGAGAUUCUUUUUUAUGAUAUUUCGUCGAGAGAUUUUAUAAAAAAGAAAAUAAUAAUAAUAAUAAUAAUAAUAAUAAUAAAGAAAAAAAAAUUAGAAUAACUGAUCGAUUUUUCUGUGACAAAAUAAACAUAUAAGAGACAAGGAGAUCUACAAAAUCCAUAUAUUAUUUCUUUAAGCUUUAGAUAGCAAGUAUAAACAAAAGAAAACAAAAAAAUUCUCAUUUUGUACCUUUAACAUUGUUAAAAUAAAAAACAAACUAUUUUUUCUCUUGUUUCUUUUUCUUUUUUCGUAUUUUUCUUUUCAUCGUCAUACUUCAUUGAUAACGCACUAAUUAUUUUAUUUUCCACGUUAUUCCAUUAAAAAAUUAUACACGGGGCACUUUGUUUCUAGAUAAAACGAAAAAUUAUUAAUAUAUUUUGAAAAUUACAGAUUGGCGAAUACGUAAGGGAAAAAAAAAAGAAAUAAAAAAAAUAAAAAUGAGAAGAAAAGAAAGAAAUAGAAGGAAGGGAAUAGAAAAAUGAAAGAUAAGAAAAAGAAAAAAAAAAAGAAAUUUAAGAAUUUGAGCCAUUCGAAGUUAAUGACCAUAAUGUUUUGCUAUAAUUGAUACGAACGAAUCGACCAGUUUGUACGAUUUUUUUUUUGGCGUCGACGAUUUAACAGUGAUCAACAUUAACCGAAAGCCAUCAUUGUAAUUACGAAGCGUACCUUUAUUUAUUAUUACACCGACCGCCUAUUUAACGAAAGCGAACGAUCGCGAUCGACGAUUAAAAUUGAUCGAUCUAACCGUAACCAAGAGGUAACGAACGAUACUUGAGAGGGAUCAAUAUCGUCGAUCAAUCCGUCGUUUGAAUCACUUCCAAAGCAGAUCGGGGAGACACUUGAUUUGUAAACACAUUCAUUAAGAUUUAUAUAUAUAUAUAUAUAUAUAUAUAUAUAUAUAUAUAUAUAUAUAUUUAAAAGAAAAGAAAAUGAAAAGGAAAAAAAAAAACACAUAAACACACCUAACAAGACUGUUUAUUAUAAUCGGCGUUAUUCGCGUAAAGAUCUCGCAACGAUUUUCUUAUUUCAUCCUUAUCUCUGUCUCUGUCUCUCCCUUUUUUUAUCUUUGAUAUUCUUUUUUCUUGUUCUUCGUUUUUGUUCGUGUUAAUUUUUUUUUUUUUUUUUUUUUUUUUUUAUUGAACGCUCUGCAUUUCGUACGUCACGUUAUGUUGUAUAUAUGCAUAAGUAGUAUACGUCAAAAUUCUGUGAAUGACAGUCGAAAUGAUGCCGUUUACCAAAAGAAUCAUUAAUAAGACAGGCUAUCAAAAGGAAAAAAAAAAAAAAAAAGAAAAGAAAAGAAAGCAAAAGACAUUACAGAAAUAAAAAAAAAAUCAUUCUUAAAAGUAACAUCCAAAAGUUAUAAACGUUGUAUUUUGAUUAUUUGAAAAAAUAUUAACGCGCAUGCUCGAGGACAAGCGUAUACACGAAAACAAACACACAUACACGUACAAAAAUACAAAAUAAAUGAUCUUAGCAAUAAAAUUCUGUUCUUCAAAAGAUCGCUUUUUAUUCGUAAAGAAAAAGAAAAAUAAAAAUAAAAAAAGAAACAGGAAACAAGUAACGUGUAAUGUUCGUGUUAAUUCUAUUUUGUUUUUCUUUUUUUUUUUUUUUCUUCUUGUGUCUCCUUCUCUCGUUCGAACGUCAUAAUCGAUGAACAAAAAAGAAAAACUUUGGAUUUGUUUAAUUCGACAAUUCAAAGAAGAGAGAUUUACAGUUUCGAAAAAUAAUAAUAAUAACGAACGAAAUAUAUUGUCAUUAAUUUUCUUCUUCGUCCGCAGUUUGUAUAAGAAUGAAAAAAAAAAUAAUACGAUAGAGUGGAUAUUAAAUAAUUGAUAGAUUAAUUGCUGUAUAAUAUUACCAUGAGUGCCUACUAAAUACAUACAUACAUACAUACAUACAUACACAUAUAUAUAUAUGUAUGUAUAUAUAUAUAUAUAUGUAUACACACAUGUACAUACGAGAGAUAAUAGUUGAAUGUAUCCAUCCCUCUGUGUUACACUUUAACGAAUCCAGAAUUGAUUAAUUUUGUAGCCCUCUAAAAAACGAUGCAAAGUAAGCACGUAAUAAAAUGAAAAACCGUGUGAUUAAGAAGGAAGAGAAGUAAAAAAGAAAAAGAAGAUAAAAAGUCAAUGGAACUACAAUGUGAAAGAGCAAAAACAUAUACGUAUAUGUAUUGUUAUAAUAUAUGUAUGCGUGUCGUUUUUAUGAAACUUCGCGAUGCGGGGAAAUAAUUUUAACGCGAACGAUGUGUCCUUGUAGUCGAGGAAGAAUAAAAUAGAUCAAUAUCAAUAUCAGACGGCUUCCUCUCGAACAAUAAAGGAUCGGUAGAUCUUGAAUGUCGACGUACGUAAUGUUUAUGUAUAUAUAUAUAUAUAUAAUUAUGUAUACAUAUACAUAAAGUAACAAAAUGCACUUUUGCCAAAAAGCACGCUAGUCGUGCCGUCGAAUGGCGUACAUUUUUUCAAGGGACGUUUUAAAACAAAAAAUCGGCCGGAGAAGGAAUUUCGUUACCCUAUUGUUGUAAUAAUAAUAAUAAUAAUAAUAAUAAUAAUAAUAAUAAUAAUAGUAAUAAUAAUAAUAAUAAUAAUAAUAUUAAUAUUAAUAAUAACAUUAAUAAUAAUAAUAAUAAUAAUAAUAAUAAUAAUAAUAAUAAUAAUAAUAAUAAUAAUAAUAAUAAUAAAUAAUAAUAAUAAUAAUAUUAAUAAUAGUAAUAAUUUGCGGGUGUAUUCAAGACAGUUCCUACAUAUACAAAUGCUAAAACAGAGUUAGGUAGUCGACUGUUGUCUACUAAAAUAUGACGAUGAUGAUGACGAUAAUGAUGAUGAUGAUGAUGAUGAUGAUGAUGAUGAUGAUGAUGAUGAUGAUGACGAUGAUGAUGAUGAUGAUGAUGAUGAUGAUGAUGAUGAUAAUGAAAAUGAUUACGAUUAUGUAUGACGACGAGGAGAUAUCACGAUUCCAAUGUAAGCUUCUUGAUUUUCCUUUCUCCGGCUGUUCCGGAGUUGUAUGUAUUUUAGAUUUAAGAGACAUAUCCACAGCGUGUAGUGUACUUGUAUAUGAACUAUCAAAAUAAAUAUUUUCAAUGUUUUUCACAAUA